AUGGAGCGGCGGCGCGCAUCCGCCGCCCCCCCCCGGUACGGGCGGCGCCGCUUCUGGGACGAGCUGUACCGGCGGGAGGGCGCCGAGACCCGCGAGUGGCUGGGGGGGCUCUCCCGCUUUCUGCCGCAGCUGGAGCCCGAGCUGCGCCCCGGUGACCGCAUCCUCGUCCUCGGCUGUGGCAACAGCGCCCUGAGCCACGACCUGCACGAGCUGGGCUACACCGACGUCACCAGCAUCGACUUCUCGGCCGCCUGCAUCGCGGCCAUGCGCGCCCGCUACGCCCGCUGCCCCGGCCUGCGCUGGGCCGUCAUGGACAUCCGCGCCCUCGCCUUCCCCGACGCCUCCUUCGAUGUGGUGCUGGAGAAGGGCACCCUCGACGUGCUCCUGGUGGAGGAAACCGACCCCUGGCACGUCUCACCCCAGGCGGCCGCGGCGAUGCGCCGGGUGCUGGCGGAGGUGAGCCGGGUGCUGCGCCCAGGGGGCUGCUUCAUCUCCAUCACCUUCGCCCAGCCCCACUUCCGCAAGCCCCACUACGCCCAGGAGGCCUUUGGCUGGUCCCUGCGCCACGCCGCCUGCGGGGACGGCGACGCCGGAGCCUUCCACUAUUUCCUGUACGUGAUGCGCAAGGGGCAGCCCCUGGAGCCCCGGGAUGUGGCCCUGGGGCACCGCCUGCACCAGCCCCCCCCGGGCCCCGCCCCGCCGCCGCCCCCCGCCCCCCCGGACGAUGAUGAGGACUAUCUGCUCGCCAUCCAGCUCUGACCCGCGGCUCACCCGGCUCCCAGCAAAGCCUUAAGGUGCUCCAUCCUCACAGGUGGGAGACGGGACCGCUGCAUCCCCCUGCGAGCUGCCCAGUGGGGCGGGUGAUGGGGGGCAAGAGGGGGAUGCUUGGCCUCCUCUGGGGGGCACAGGGAUGCUCUGGUGAUUCUGUGCCCCCUCCCUGGCCUUUCCUUGCUGAGCUGGAGAGCAGCCAGGGCUCCAGGCUUUGCAGCCAGUAAUGAAACCAAAUCGGGUUUAAUUUCACCCAUCCAUCUUGCAGGGAGUGGCUCCCUGUCCCCCAUCCCUUCCCCUUGGCACGGACAGCCAGGCUCAGGGCAGAAUGGGGGUGCUGGCACUGGCUAUGGGGGGCAGGAUUGGGGGUGCCCACUGCCCCCCACACCCCAUCCUGCACCGGGACCUGGCCCUGGGGGUGUUCAAGGGCACCGUGUCCUUGUCACCCCCUCCAAGUACUGGGGGGUCCAGGCUGCAAUGUGCCAGCAUGGGGCAGGCGGUGCCACAGGACAGGAAGGGCAGCAUAUCUGCUUCUUUCCCCAUCCAUCCCCACUCCUGCCUGUGCUGACAACCCCGGUGUCCUGCACACGCCUGGCCUGUGUCCCCCUGUGCCUGGGGCCAGCAGCACAGUGACACGUGUGUGCCAGGGUGGGUGACGGGUGAGCCACUGCGUGUGUGUGCUGCUGGGGCAGGUGCAUGGGUGCCACUGGCAGUGUCCCCAGAGGCUCUCUGGGCACCAACUCCCCCUGGGUGGGCUAAAGGGACCCUCCUGGGCAGUGACAGCACAGAGGCCGAGCUGCUGGGCUGCUGUUUUGGGCAGAAGGUGUAAGUGGGUCAGCCAACGCCUCCCCUGCACCAGGAGCCAGCCAAGGGCCCCGGGGUCAGCCCCCAU